AUGCCAAAAGUUGUGAAAUCGAAAUCAAAAGCGAAUUUUUAUUUAAAAGAGUUUCCUAACGAGACAUUUAAAAGUGAUGGAGAAAUCUUAUUCUGUUCAUGCUGUGAAAAGGCAGUAUCAAUAAAUCAUCGAUUUUUAGUUAGUCAACAUAUAUCUACAUCUAAGCACCAACAAAAUAGGGAUCGUAAAAAAAAAUUUCAACAAAAUUUCUUGAAUUCAGAGCCACCUACGUCUUCCAAUAAUUUGUCAGCUUUUAAUACCGAUUUGUGUCUUAUGUCAAUACAAGAGUAUUCUCCGACCAAACCGUAG